UUCUCUUCUUGCCCCAACUAGCGACACAAGUAGCUGAACUAGAGAACCAUGUCGGGCGAAUGUGGAACAUGGCCGGAAGGCAAGGAGAUGGCGCUCGAAACCAAGCUUGUCCACCAGGGCAUCAACCCGGACAAGGAAACGGGCGCUAUCCUCACGCCAAUCGUACAGUCCACCACGUUCAUCCAGGACUCCGUCGAGAAGUACCUGGACAGAGGCUUCUCGUACUCGCGCACAGCCAACCCCACGGUAGCGGCGCUAGAGGCGAAGGUGGCCGGGUUGGAGGGGGCGGCGGGGGGCGCAUGCUGCGUGGCGACGGGCAUGGCGGCAACGGUGACGGUGAUGUCGGCCUUCCUCAAGGCUGGUGACCACUGCGUGAUCACGGAGUGCUCGUACGGGGGCACGAACCGGGCGGCUCGGGUGAUGUUCUCCGACCUCGGGGUGACGUUCAGCUUCGUCGACUUCAGGGACCCGGAAGUCGUUAAGGCGGCCAUCCGACCCAACACCAAGCUCAUCUUCAGCGAGACGCCGGCGAACCCGACCCUCACGCUCACCGACAUCCGGGCCGUCAGCGCCGUUGCGAAGGCCGCGGGGGUCCCCCACGUCUGCGACGCCACCUUCUCGACGCCGAUCAUGACCAGACCGAUCGAGCUGGGGGCCGACAUGACACUCCAGAGCUUGACCAAGUUCUACGACGGGCACAACGUUACCGUCGGCGGAGCGGUUGCCUCUGCCACGAAAGAAAUCAACGAAAAGUUGCACUUCUACAGCAACAUCCACGGCAACAUUAUCAGCCCGCAGGCCGCCUUCUACAUCCUCCAGCACAGCAAGACCAUGGGCUUGAGGUUCCGUCAGCAGUGCAAGACAGCGCAGGCCGUGGCGGAAAUGCUCGAGAGUCACGAAAAGGUGGACAUUGUUCGCUACCCUGGACUGGCCAGCUUCCCCCAGAAAGCUCUCGCCGAUGCACAGCACGGCAACGGCAUCCACGGGUCCAUGCUCUGGUUCGAGGUCAAGGGCGGGACGGAGGCCGGGCGCAAGCUCAUGAACUCGGUGCAGCGGCCAUGGAGCCUGUGCGAGAAUCUGGGGGCAACGGAGUCUAUCCUCACGUGCCCGGCGGUCAUGACCCACGCCAACAUGCUCAAGGAGGAUCGGUUGAAGGUGGGCAUCACGGACGGCUUCGUACGCGUGUCCUGCGGGGUGGAGAACACGGACGACCUCGUGGCGGCCCUCAAGAAGGGCCUAGACGACCUCUGAUCGCAUCUCGUCGCCUCGCAUCACGUCGCAUCGGUGUGACUGUCUGACUUGGUCGUCGACGCGAGGCCAAUCGACCGAUGACUUUUGCUUGAUUGGCUGGAGUUUUGAUCGAUGGGGUGAUUGGGAGAUCUCUCGCACACGCACGGGAGGCAGUAAACGUACGGAAUCGCAAGCGGACAUUCAUCUAACAGCUGGUCAAAGUUUUUUUUUUCCGUCAGAGCGCCUAGAGGCACCGGGGGGUUGACUUACUGAGUGAUGUGGUUAGGGCAUUGGCGUGUGUGUGAGUCGUGCCGUUUGUUUCUGCUUUGGGAGGGUGUAUUCUAACGCGGUGAGUUAAAGGGUACCGGGUCUUGAGGGGCAGAGCUUGCACAAGUUGCGAGCGUCCCUCAAGUCGCCCGUUGGGUGUCGUGGCUGUGGAAUCCAGAGCGGUUCGCACAACCAUGCGAAGCUGACCACCUUGGCGCACUGCAUGCGCCUUGUGGUAAUACUGCUGAGAGAGGGGCAAGUAGCCAAUCCCGGUCGUGGGUCGGUCACCCGACAGACACGUCCUACGUAGUGCUACGGAGGAUGCGGUUGGUGAGGCAGAAACAGAUGUCCACUAAAAUGAGUCGAGAUUGGUAUGCGGAUUGACUGUCGUGUAUAGUAUUAUCCCGCGUUGGUAUUAUUAGUGGCAGUGGACAACAGUGUGUUGCCGACCCCACGUUAUGGUUCUCGUGUACACACGAACGUUGAGAGAGAGAGAGAAAGAGUGAGAAAAAUGCCCUCACACAAAAUGUGUAGUGUAUCCAAGGGAGUUGAUUCUGUUCCAACUGUAGCAUGGCGCCGGUUUGCUUACCUGUGGCGUUUGACCGAACGCCGGGUGGAAGAAAAAAUAUUCGGCGAUGCCAUUUGCUCCACCAAGCAGAUCUCCGUCC